AUGGCUUCUCCAGGCGGCGAGAACAUGCUCUCAACGCCUCCCACGACGGCCACCGGCGCACCGAAUCCCAGUCCACCCACCGCCUCCUCAACACAACCUAACACGCAAACCACCCAACCCGCACAAAUGAACGGCACCGCGCCGGCACCUAUGAGCGCAUCAUUCCCCUCUACCUCUCUCCAAGAUAGUGGCACAUCUAAACGACCUCGUGACGCGCGCCUCAUUCACCUUAUUCUCGCUAACAUGGGUGUACACGCCUAUACGGAGCGCGUGCCACUGCAGCUCCUCGACUUCGCAUACCGCUACACGAACGGCAUCUUGUCCGAUGCGCUCUCGUACGAAGGACCUCAGACCAACGUCGGAAAGAAAGCCGCGCCGAAGGACGAUGAUGGCAUCAGUCUGAAUGCGCUGCGCACGGCGAUCCAUGCGCGUGCGCAGCAGCAGUUUAGCUCUGUGCUGCCGAAGGAGUUCAUGAGCGAGGUCGCGGCGGAGAGAAACAAGGUUGCGCUACCGAGAGUGGAGCGCGAAUGGGGAUUACGCCUGCCGCCGGAGCGGUACUGCUUCACGGGUGUAGGGUGGGGUAUGAAGGAGAGCUGGGAGGAAGAUGAGGAGGUGGGCGAGGAGAUGGAUGGGGUUGCGGGGCUUACUGGCGGGCCUUGGCUGAGUGUGACGCAAGUUGAUGUCGAAACAGAGAGCCUCGAGACGGUGCAGGCGGAUGAGAUCCCAGUCACGAUUAUGACGAGCCCGGAUGUGAGGGAGAGGGAGCUUUCUACGAGACGGUCUCAUCGAGUGCACAGCCGGAUUUCCGAGCAGCCCGAGAAGAUCAUGGAUUUGAUUCGCCGCGGGGAACCGUAA